AUGCGUUCCGCCCUCGCAGCAGCAGCCACCCGCCGCGCCGGUCGAUCUCGAAGUACUUCCCUCUCCGCCGUCCCACCCUCGGAGUCCUCACAUGACUAUGUGCCUGAAUUGGCGGCCAUAGCGGCGUCGAUAUUAUAUCGGUCACCCUUACCAUCACGAGAAGGACGGCCGAUAUUCGUGCUGAAUGCUGCCGCGUUUCCCGAUGCCUGGGAGGUGGAUUAUGAUAGUUUGCUUUCCUAUGUUCUGGCACGAUUACCGGGUGAGGAGGAACUGAUCUCCGGGACGGAAUAUGAGAUCGUCUUCUUUGCUGGGGGCCAGCCGGAGGGUGCGACGAGCGAGAAGAAGCAGGGGCCGGGCAUGGGAUGGUAUCUCCAAGCUUAUCACGUGCUGAGUCGAGCAACGAGGAAGAAGCUACAAAAGCUAUAUAUUGUGCAUCCGCGGACAUGGGUGAGGGUGUUGGUUGGUGUAUUCGGAACGAUUGUGUCGCCGAAGUUCAGGAGGAAGAUUAUGCAUGUCAAUACGCUGUCACAAUUGGCUUUGCAGGUCCCGAUCGAGAGGUUGCUGAUCCCGCCUUCGACAUACUUACAAGAUCGCAAGAUGGAGGCCGAGAUCGAUGUGCCGUAUAUGGCAGGCAGAAGGGCUUUUGGCGCCAGACAUCCGCUUCCUAAGAACCUGAAUACGGGGAAGACAAGGCUACCGAGAGUGCUGAGGGAGACGACGAGUUUCUUGAUGCUGUCGCAGAAUGUUGUCAUGGAGGGUUUGUUUCGGAUCCCUCCCCACAGUGUUCUGGCUGGGGUGUUGAAGGAGGCGUAUGAUCGUGGCCAGCAUUUUAUUGUGUGGAAGGAGAAGGGCGCUACUGUUGUCCAGCCGGGUAUCGAUCAAGGGCUUCUUGAUGAAGUGCGGUUGGAGGAUGCAUAUGGUGUGCACCUGGCCGCGUCGAUGAUCAAGAUGUGGUAUCGCGAGCUGCGGGACCCGAUCUUUCCAGAGUCGAGUUAUGCUGGGCUGCGGGAGAAAUGUAGCAGUCCAGAUGCUCAACCUACGUUAGAGGAACUGGUCGAGCUGAUAUUGCCUGCCUCGCCACUUUCGCCAUUGACGUCGACCAGCCGGGAAAUCUUGACCCGGCAUCUGCUACCCCUAUUAUCAGCGAUCGCAGAACGUGAAGCGCAGAACAAGAUGAAUGCUGAGAACCUGUCGAUAUUAUUCUCGAUGUGUUUGGUCUGUGGAACAAAUCAAUUGGAGGACGCGAAGAUGGCGAAUGUUAUCAAGAAGGUCCUACAGAAAGCUAUAGCUGAGUGGCCACUACUCCGCGAGGGCCUAGGCAUAAACAGAGAUGCCUUUGCAGCAGCCCUACUGCCACCGAGCGAUAGGAGGGAUUACGAAGAUCCGGUCGACGAUGAAAGUCACACCACGGAUCCAGACGACAACGAAGAAGGCCAUCGAAUACUCAUGGCCGACAUCGACGGCACGGAAGAGAUCCCCGAACCAAAGCCAGUACCCAUCCUUCCACCAAGGUCCUCAGGUAUGGCACCGCCGCGCAAACCAUCACCAUCAUCACUCACAUCAGCUGACAAUUCCUCCACCACGGAGACCAAGCGAGCACCAACCCUCCCACCACGCCCUCUCGCUCGAUCAAGAGCUGCGUCGGCAGCUAGACAGCAGCCGUUACUACCUAGCCUCGACGUCGUCGGCGUUGGCGGAGUCAAAAGAAAACCAGCACCUAUGACUGCGCAAGCUCCUGAUUCGGCACCUGCUUUGUUGGAUCCACCCGGACAUUCCACCGUGUUUGAUAGUGAGGGGAGGAGUCUGCACGUUGCUGAUUCUCCGGCGAGUUAUGCGCCUCCUGCAGAUGGGUUUGGGCCGGCGAGGAGGGGGAAGAGUGUGAGGGUUGUUGCGGCGGAUGAGGAGAAGAAAGGUCUUUUGCCUACUUAUGCGGAGCCGGAGGGUAUGCAUCCUGCGCUGAAUGUGCCGAAGCGGAAGGCUGUUUCGGGUGAUGUUCCUGAUACUUCGAUGGCGACUGGGGUGCAGGGGCAAGGUUCGACUAGGAGUGCGUCUGAGGGCUCGAUGGUGGCGAAUAUGGCGGCUUUGGCUGCGCGGAGGGGGGCGAGUAUGUCUAGUCAACGGGACGGAGCGGAAGGUGUGGGUGAGGAUCCCAUCAUCAGCGAGCCGUCGUCGGAAGGUGCAUUAGGAUCAACAACGGAUGAAAGGGCCUUCCGGAAACCUUCCUGGCCGGCUUCCGCUAUGCGCCGGCAACAACCUCGAGGUCAGAAUUCCACACCAAUGAUCUCGGCGCAGGAGAGAGCUCUGCUGCCAUCAAGGCAGUCCCGCACACUCCCCCAAUCCAGCACGAGCUCCACUAUCACCAAUGGCCUGCAGCCCCCUCCUAGUGCGCCACGCCACCGAGCACCCUCUCCAGGCCUACUAAAGCGCAUGGAAACGAUGGAAGCCACUUCCUCUCAACGCUCUUCUACGGCGGAACAUGAAAAUGGAUAUCAGCCCAGGAGAUUGAAUCUGAAGAAGACGAGUGUGGAUGAUUUGAGGCGGUUGUAUGAGGAACGGGUCGGGUUCGCGGAGGGGUUGCGGAGGAUGGAUGUUGUGAGGAGGAGGAGGGGGUCGUCGGGGGUUGGGGAGGCGACGUAA